AUGGCAGUGGCAGAUUUCGGAAAGCUGAAUCUCGAGGAACCUCCUCCGGUCUGGGGAUCUCGCAGUGUUGAUUGCUUCGAAAAGCUCGAACAAAUUGGUGAAGGAACUUACGGUCAAGUUUACAUGGCUAAAGACAUAAAAACUGGUGAAAUUGUGGCUCUGAAAAAGAUCCGUAUGGACAAUGAAAGAGAAGGGUUUCCUAUAACAGCUAUCAGGGAGAUCAAAAUUCUGAAGAAGCUUCAUCAUGAAAAUGUCAUUCAUCUUAAAGAGAUUGUGACUUCACCAGGUCGGGACAGGGAUGACCAAGGAAAGCCUGAUAAUAACAAAUACAAGGGUGGUAUCUACAUGGUUUUUGAGUAUAUGGAUCAUGACUUGACUGGACUCGCUGAUCGUCCUGGACUGAGAUUUACUAUUCCUCAAAUCAAGUGUUACAUGAAGCAACUUCUCACUGGGCUUCACUGUUGUCAUGUGAAUCAAGUUCUUCACCGUGAUAUAAAAGGCUCAAAUCUCCUUAUUGACAAUGAGGGAAAUUUAAAGCUGGCAGAUUUUGGGCUUGCACGAUUGUUUUCUCAUGAUCAUAGUGGAAAUCUCACAAAUCGUGUCAUCACAUUGUGGUAUAGGCCCCCUGAGUUACUACUCGGGGCCACGAAAUAUGGACCAGCAAUUGAUAUGUGGUCGGUUGGUUGCAUAUUUGCCGAACUUUUGCAUGCAAAACCAAUCUUGCCUGGGAAAAAUGAGCAUGAACAAUUAAACAAGAUUUUUGAGCUUUGUGGAUCACCCGAUGAGAACAAUUGGCCCGGGGUUUCCAAGAUGCCUUGGUUUAACAAUUUCAAGCCCGCACGGGUCUUGAAGAGACGUGUAAAAGAGUUUUUCAAACACUUUGACCGCCAUGCCCUUGAACUACUGGAGAAAAUGUUGGUACUUGACCCGUCACAGAGAAUAAACGCAAAGGAUGCUCUUGAUGCCGAGUACUUUUGGACUGAUCCGCUGCCAUGUGAUCCAAAGAGUCUGCCCACAUAUGAAUCAUCACAUGAGUUUCAGACAAAGAAAAAGCGGCAACAGCAGCGCCAAAACGAGGAAGCAGCAAAAAGACAGAAAGUGCAGCAUCCACAGCAGCAGUACUCUCGCUUGCCUCCAUUACAACACGGUGGCCAGUCUCAUGCUGCUCCGCAUUGGCAUGCCGGUCCAAACCAUCCCACUAAUAACGCACCUCCACAAGUACCUGCUGGACCUAGCCACCACUUGUAUGGUAAGCAGCGUGGUCCAAACCGGUACCCUCCUAGUGGAAACCAGAGUGGAGGUUACAAUCAGACCCGAGGAGGUUACAGUGGUGGAUCAUAUCCUCCACAAGGACGGGGAGCUCCUUAUGUAGCAGGUCCUAGAGGGCCUAGCGGUGGUGCAUACGGAGUUGGAGCACCUAACUACACACAAGGUGGUCAGUAUGGCGGCUCUGGAAGAGGUCAGAACCCAAUGGGUGGUAGUAGAAACCAGCAAUACGGAUGGCAACAGUAA